AUGAAACGUGAAAUUGAUGGUCCUCAAGGGGGCGGACCCCAAAAAAGAUACAAAAAUAGUGAUGGAAAUGAAAUUCGGCUGCUUAUUCCUAGUAAGGUUGCCGGUUCAAUUAUUGGAAAAGGGGGUCACAACAUUUCCAAACUAAGAACUGAGCACAAUGCUUCCGUCACAGUCCCCGAUUGUCCCGGCCCGGAACGCAUCCUUACAGUUGCUGCGGAUCUUGAUACGAUGUUACGAGUCGUUUCGGAAAUUCUACCGAAUCUAGAGGACGUAAUUGAUAUUAGAAUGUUAGUGCACCAAAGCCAGGCGGGGUGUAUUAUAGGAAAAGGUGGAUUGAAAAUUAAAGAGCUUCGAGAGAAAACUGGAGCAAGAAUAAAAAUAUAUUCAAACUGUUGCCCUCAAAGUACAGACAGAAUCGUACAAAUUAACGGUAAAGGGAAUCUUUGCGUGGAUGCCAUUCGGGAAUGUAUGGAAUUAUUAAAAACGUCUCCUAUAAAGGGUAUGAAUAAUCCUUAUGAUCCACACAAUUUCGACGAAUACUUUUCACAAGAUUAUGGAGGCUACGGAGGUGGAGGAGACGAUAGGCGAGGUGGUGGCAGAGGACCUGGAAACAGAGGUCCACCCGGACGUGGAGGAGGAAAUUUUGGAGGGCCUCGAGGAGGAGGUUUUGGUGGACCAAGAGGAGGAGGUGGCGGUCCUGGAAAUUUCGGUGGUCGCGGACCAAUGGGCGGACCUAUGGGUGGUCCCAUGGGAGGCCCUAUGGGAAAUGGAAUGGGCAUGAAUGCUCCCGGGCCUAUGGGAAUGGGUAUGGGAGGACCCGGUCCACAAAAUCCUGGUAAUUUCGGUGGUCCUCCUUUGGGGGGAGAGAAAAACUCGACCCAGGUUACCAUUCCAAAAGAUCUUGCUGGAGCUAUAAUUGGAAAAGGUGGUUCGAGAAUUAGAAAAAUUCGAAUGGAAUCUGGAGCCGCCAUUACGAUUGAUGAGCCUUUACCAGGUUCAAACGAUCGAAUAAUAACAAUCUCAGGCACUCCGAAUCAAAUUCAAAUGGCUCAGUACCUUUUACAACAAAGGUUAGUCUAUUUAAUACAUUUAAUUUAG